CCCAUUUAUUGACCAGACCUCCUCCACAGUGAGCGGGGGCAGCAGAGGAGGAGGGGUAAAUCUUCUGGUGGGAAAUGUGAGAAACAGAAACCACCCUCUUCAUUUCUGGGUGUUUUUACGCGCGGUGGAGAGAUGGAGCCCGUGCGCCGGGAGCAGAGCGCUCUGCCGCUGCUCUUCCUCUCCCUCCUCCUGGGCUUCUCCGUGUCUUCCUCCGCGGCCUGGGACCUGGUUCUCCUCCACACCAACGACGUGCAUGCCCGGAUAGAGGAGACCAGCAAACACUCGGGGAAAUGUGGAGCCAGCAGCGGCGAGUGUUUCGCCGGAGUGGCGCGCAGAGCCACGAUGGUCAAAAAGAUCCGGAGCUCCGAGAGCAACGUGCUGCUGCUGGACGCCGGAGACCAGUUCCAGGGGACAGUUUGGUUUAAUUAUUACGAAGGAGCCGAGGCUGCGCACUUCAUGAACAAACUCCAGUAUGAUGCCAUGGUUUUUGGGAAUCACGAGUUUGACAACGGCGUGGAGGGACUCAUGAAGCCGUUCAUGGAGGAGAUCAGGUGUCCUGUUCUCAGCGCGAACAUCAAAACAGAUCAAACUCUGGACCCCACAUUUGGAAACUCAUACCUGCCUUUUAAGAUCCUCACAGUGGGCGGGGAGAAAGUGGGCGUGGUCGGGUACACGUCACGGGAAACUCCAGCUCUGUCCAGACCUGGACCUCACCUGAAGUUUGAGGACGAGGUUCCUGCCCUGCAGCUGCAGGUGGACAAACUUCAGACGCUGGGAGUGAAUAAGAUCAUCGCUCUGGGUCACUCAGGGUUCACCAUGGAUCAGGAGAUCGCCAAGAAGGUCAGAGGGGUCGAUGUGGUCAUCGGAGGACAUACCAACACUUUCCUCUACUCAGGACAGGCUCCUUCCUCUGAAGUCCCCGCUGGCCCUUAUCCUUUCAUGGUGAAAUCAGAUGAUGGGCGCCAUGUUCCCGUCGUGCAGGCCUACGCCUUUGGGAAGUACCUGGGAUAUCUCAAAGUGACCUUUGACGGUGUUGGAAAUGUAGUGAAGUCCACAGGAAACCCCAUACUACUGGACAGCAGCAUCCAGCAAGAUCCAGAAUUUCUCAUGGACGUCAAAGAGUGGAAGAAGAAUCUGGCGAACUACUCGUCCCAGGAAGUGGGAAAGACCCUGGUGUUCCUGAACGGGACCACUGAAGAGUGUCGAUUUAGAGAGUGCAACCUGGGAAACCUGAUCUGUGAUGCCAUGCUCGACAACAACAUCAGAUCCCCGGACAGCGUCCAGUGGAACCACGUCAGCGCCUGCAUCUUAAACGGAGGAGGCAUCCGCACAUCCAUAGACGAACAAACGAGAAAUGGCUCGAUCACCAUGGAGGACCUGAUCUCCGUCCUACCUUUCGGGGGAACCUACGACCUGGUGCAGCUGAAGGGCUCGACCCUGAGGAAAGCCUUCGAACACUCAGUGAGACGAUAUGGCCAAAGCACCGGAGAGUUCCUCCAAGUCUCUGGAUUUCAUGUCGAGUUCGACCUCUCCAAACCUCCAGGGAAUCGCGUUAAGAGCCUCUACAUCCUUUGCACAAAAUGCCGGGUUCCUAAAUACGAACCUGUGGAGGACGAGACGGUCUAUAAAAUCGUGCUGCCGUCCUACCUGAUGAAGGGUGGAGAUGGAUUCUCCAUGAUCAGAAACGAGACGCUCAAACACAACAGCGGGGAUUUGGACAUUACCGUCGUGUCCCGCUACAUUGAGCUACGAAAGAAGGUUUAUCCGUGUGUUGAAGGACGCAUCAAGAUCUACAACUCAGGUUUUGGACUACGAGGACAAUCCGCUCCACUGGUUUUACUGGUUUCACUUGGACUUUUGUGGACACUGUUUGGUAAUCUAUGAGGCUAACUGAAGCCCAGGAUUUCAGUGUUUUUAACUGAGCCACAUGUGAACUUGAAAAGUUGAAUGUCAGAAAUCGGACUGACUUUACUCAUAGUUUUUCUAGUAUUGACCCUUUGUCAAGCUCCGCCCUCUUUGGUUACUGAUAGUAGGUUAGAAUCCAAAGACUUUUCAUAUUUUACCUUUGGCUCAGGAACCAGUAUGAAAAAUACUCCCAGGUAAUGCUAUAGAUAUGCUGAGUCACUAUUUCAGACUCCCAAAAGACAGCUUUUAACCGUAUUAAAGAAAUUAAAUUAAGGUCACAAUUUCACAAUAAUGUACUGAAAGGUCUUGGCCUUGGCAGAAGUACAGAGCUGUGAAAAAGUAUUCACCCCUUCCUGAUUUUUCCUCAUGGAAUCAUCUAACGUAGUGGUUUUCAAAGUGUGGGGCAGGCCCCCCCUGGGGGGCGCCACAGAACUUCAGGGGAAGCGCGUAACCACAAACCAUAAAAAAAAAAGUGAUUUGCUUUGC